AACACCACUAUGUCCAACAACGUCAGACACACUGAGUUGGUUUUCUAUGUCAACGGGAAAAAGAUGACGGAGGGGAACGCCGACCCCGAGGAGAUGCUCCUCAACUACCUCAGGAAAAAAGCGCGACUCACCGGGACCAAGUACGGCUGUGGCUCGGGGGGCUGCGGGGCCUGUACCGUGAUGCUGUCCCGCUACGAUCCGCUCUCGGCCCGAGUCCUCCACUGCUCAGCGAACGCCUGUCUCCUGCCCGUCGUCUCCCUGCACGGGGCGGCUGUGGUGACGGUCGAAGGCAUCGGCAGCACCAAGACCAAGCUGCACCCGGUGCAGGAACGCAUAGCGAAGGCACACGGGUCCCAGUGUGGGUUCUGCACCCCAGGGAUGGUGAUGUCCAUGUACACCCUGCUGAGGAACCAGCCGCAGCCCAGCCUUGAGGACAUCCGGGAGGCUUUGACAGGGAACCUGUGUCGCUGUACUGGGUACCGGCCGAUCGUCGAUGGGUUCAAGACCUUCUGCGGCGUUUCUGAGUGCUGCCAGAACGGGGAGAGUGGGAAAAACUGCUGCGGAGGGGGCCCAUCGACUCUCUGCAAUGGCAGCAGUGAUAUCUCAAGCGAGUUGUUCCACAUGAACGGUGUCCUUCCUCUUGACCCGUCCCAAGACCUCAUCUUCCCCCCCGAGCUGAUGCUUAUGCUCCAGAAGGGAGGUGGGGGUCGACUGUGUUUCCAAGGCAACAGGGUCAAGUGGUUCUCCCCAGCUGACCUCUCCGACCUUUUGGAGCUCAGAGCCGCACAUCCAAAUGCCCCCCUUGUGGUGGGAAACACGAAUGUCGGACCUAAUAUGAUGUUUAAAGGAGACGUCCACCCACUGAUCAUCUCCCCCGGAAGCGUUAUGGAGCUGCACACAGUCAGCUGGGGCAAGAAAGGUGUGACGUUUGGGUCUGCGUGCAGCCUGUCCGAGGUGAAGGAGGAGCUGCAGGGGGCUGUGGGACGACUGGACCCAGAGGAGAGUCGGGUUUUCCAGGCCUUGCUAAACACCCUCCGCUGCCUGGCCGGCAAGCAGAUCCGCAACAUGGCGACCGUCGGGGGAAACAUCUUGAGCGCCGACCCCAAGUAUGACCUCAGCUGCAUCCUGGCAGCGGCCGACUGCACCCUCCAGCUCGUCUCUAAAGGUGGCACCAGAGAGGUCCCCCUCAAUGAGAAGUUUUUUGCCGGUUUUGGGAGAACCCAUCUUAGAGCAGAUGAAGUCCUCCUGUCUCUUCACAUCCCUCGGUCCCAACCGUGGGAGUUUGUGUCGGCGUUCCGCCAGGCCCAGCGCCGCGAGUUUGCCUUCUCCAUCGUCAACGCUGGCAUGAAGGUGGUCUUCAAGGAGGGCACGGACACGGUCCAGUCCCUGAGCAUCUUCUAUGGCGGGAUGGGACCCACACUGCUCAGGGUCAAGCGCACAUGUGAAGGCCUGGUUGGCAUGUCCUGGAACGAGGGGCUGCUGGAGGAGGCAUGCAGGCUGCUGGCUGAGGAGGUGGCCCUACCUCCAACCGCCCACGGCGGGAAGACGGAGUUCCGCAGCAUCCUGAGUCUCAGCUUCUUCUUCAAGUUCUACAUGCAGGUCGUCCAGGAGCUGAGAGAGAAGGGUGUGGGUGUUGCUGACCUCCCCCUCGAGUACCUGAGCGCCCUGAAGCCCUUCAAGAAUGAGGUGCCACAAGGUCAUCAGACCUUCCAGAUGGUGUCUGAGAUCCAGUCCUCUAAGGACCCUGUGGGGCGUCCCAGGGUGCACAUAGCCGCCUUCCAGCAGGCCACGGGGGAGGCCAAGUACUACGACGACCUGCCGGCCGUCAGCGGGGAGCUCUUCGUGUUCAUGGUGACGAGCACCAGAGCUCACGCCAAGAUCAUCUCCAUGGACUUCUCCGAAGCGCUACGGGUCCCUGGUGCGGUCACGUUCCUGUCAGCGCGGGACGUGCCGGGUCAGAACCGCAGACUGUGGUUCAACAACACUGAGGAGCUCUUUGCAGAGGAGGAGGUUUGCUGUGUGGGGCAGAUUAUUGGCGCAGUUGUGGCGGAAAGCAGAGAGCAGGCCAAGAGAGCCGCAGAGAGGGUCCGCGUCACUUACGAUGACCUCAGCCCAGUAUUCUUCACCAUCGAGGAGGCCAUCCAGCAUCAGUCCUUCUUCAACCCCAAGAGGAAACUGGAGAGAGGAAAUGUGGAUGAGGCCUUUGGGAAAGUGGACCGUAUUCUUGAGGGCGAGAUGUACAUGGGGGGACAGGAGCACUUCUACAUGGAGACCCAGGGACUCAUCGCUGUACCAAGAGGGGAGGAUGGAGAGAUGGACCUGUACGUGGCGACCCAGCAUGCCGCAUUCACUCAGGAGGUGGUGGGCCACACUCUGGGCGUGGACUCCAACAAGAUCACGUGCCACGUGAAGAGGUUGGGCGGCGGGUUCGGGGGAAAGGUCAUGAAGAUCGCCUCGCUCUCGGCCAUCGCCGCCACGGCUGCGUACAAGACGGGUCGGGCGGUGCGGUGCGUUCUCGACCGUGGGGAUGACAUGCUCAUUACCAGCGGCCGACAUCCUUUCCUGGGGAAGUACAAGGUGGGCUUCAUGAACGACGGGACAAUACUGGCUGCAGACAUCACUUAUUACAGCAACGGGGGCAGUACGCUGGACGAGUCCUCCUUCAUCAUGGAGAAAGCGCUGCUCCACAUGGACAACGGCUACAAGAUCCCAAACCUGCGUGGGCACGGCCUCGUGUGUAAGACCCACCUGCCAUCCUACACGGCUUUCAGGGGCUUCGGCGGCCCCCAGGGUCUCACCAUCAUCGAGAGCAUCCUGCACGAGGUGGCAGCCGAGUGCGGCCUCCCCGCGGAGGAGGUGAGAGCUGUAAACAUGUACAGCGAGGAAGAGUCGUACACCCACCACAGGCAGCCCUUCUGCCCCCGGGACAUGGUGCGCUGCUGGGACGAGUGCUUGGAGAAGUCGGACUACAGCAGCCGCCGCCUCGCAGUGCAGCACUUCAACGCCACCAACCGCUGGAGGAAGCGAGGCAUCUGCGCCGUGCCCCUCAAGUUCGGCAUCGGCUUCUCCAAGGGCUUCUACAACCAGGGGGCAGCACUGGUUAACAUCUACAAGGACGGUUCAGUGCUUGUCUCACACGGCGGAACGGAGAUGGGACAGGGGAUCAACACCAAGGCUGUCCAGAUCGCCAGCCGGAUCCUAGGGGUUCCUAUGUCCAGCAUCCACAUCAAGGAAACGUGUACAGGCAAUGUGCCCAAUGCAGCCCCAUCAGCGGCCUCCUUUGGCACAGACGCUGUGGGCAUGGCCGUCAAGGAUGCCUGUGAGAAACUAAUGAAGCGCCUGGAGCCAGUCAUGAAGGCCUACCCCAAGUGGACCUGGUCUCAAUGGAUUGUAGAGGCUUAUUGUCAAAAAAUCAGUUUAUCAGCAACUGGGUUCUUCAUGGGCCCACACACCAGUGUUGACUGGGAGAAAAGCGAGGGGGCAGCCUACUACUACUUUACUUUUGGCGCCUGCUGCUCUGAAGUGGAGAUUGACUGUCUGACAGGAGAUCACAAGAACAUAAGGACAGAUAUCGUUAUGGAUGUCGGGAAAAGCCUCAACCCAGCUCUUGACGUGGGCCAGGUGGAGGGGGGCUUCGUGCAGGGUCUCGGUCUGUACACCAUCGAGGAGCUGCAGUUCUCCCCGGACGGAGCCCUGAGGACCAGAGGGCCAAACCAGUACAAAAUUCCAGCGCUGUGCGACAUUCCACCUCAGCUCAAUGUUCACCUGCUGGCCGACUCCCAGAAUCCAAACGCCAUUUACUCCUCCAAGGGUAUCGGCGAGCCCCCGGUGUUCUUCGGCUGCACCUUGUUCUUCGCCAUCAAGGAGGCCAUCGCAGCCGCCCGCAGGGAGAGUGGCCUGAACGGCCGCUUCGCCCUCAGCUCCCCGGCCACCGUGGAGAAGAUCCGCAUGGCGUGUGUGGAUCGGUUCACAGAGAUGGUACCAUGUCCAGAACCAGGAUCAUUUACACCAUGGGCCAUAAAUGUGUAGAUCCAGGAUGGAUGUCAGAGAGUGACGCCGUAGAGGACACCACGGGACGUGUUAUCUUUAUUUGAAUUGGACAAAAGUUAUUUGAAUUAGUCGAGCCAAACUGGUGUUGCAAUAUUCCUUUAAAAA